AUGGGCCGAACUUCUAGUCGGCCCUGCCAUGAUCGCGGCAGCCCUCCACGGUGGUUGCUGGGUGCAGUGCAAGCUUUGCCCUUUCUCACUGUGAUGCUGCUCCAUGCUGGCAUUGGUGCCUCGAUGGAGGGCGGCUUCGCCAUCGCUUUGGUGGCUUUGGCCACCUGGGCAGCGCUGCUCCCCGGGGCGUUCUGGGAGGCGCUUGGCCUCGCGGUGCGAGAUGGAGGACGCCGCCUGGAUGCACCGGCAGGUGGUUGGGCGGCCUCGAUUUUCCUCGCUGCCUGCCUGGCCUUCGGCCUCAGCGGCAUGGAGAGCCGCCCAGGCCCGAUCCCCACGGUGCUGCUUCUGAACCGCUGGCGCGUGUUCACAGGCGCCGACACCACCUUGAACUGGGAGGUGGCCCCAGCUCGCCUCGCCAACGGCAGCACCGUGGACCUCUGGUCCUGGCAACCAGUAUCAUUUGUGGAGCCGCGCUAUGGACGGCGUGGCCGAUGGAUGAGCUUUCCAAGCACCAGGCCUGGUUCGCCGGAAGCACUCUCGGCCCGCUUUCGGUACUUCUGUGACGAGUGGAAUGGCGCCCACGAAGUGAAGGUGCUGAAGUACCAGUUCUUCGAGCUCUUCGCCGACUUAGGCCCUGACCUCGAAAUGCUAGCUCCCCGAAAGACGCUGGUUCGCGUUCAGAGCUGCAGCGAAGAGUCUGAGCAUGGAAAAAAGCUCCCUGAGCUUGGAGGGCAGGGCGGGGCAGCCAUGGCGGCGGAUGGUGGGCUGCCCUUUGCAAGCCUCCCUGGUCUGGGAGACACGGAGCUCGAGGGCUUUCCAGCGGAGAGAUGUCCGGAGCAGAUGCCCGACCUCUCGAGACACUUCAGCAUCACGGCUGAUGUUCUCAAAGAAGAGCCAGCCCUUUAUGACGCGAUGCGAUCUCGGCAAACGCCUAUGGGAGUGACUUUUGCCAAAUGCAUUAAGACCGGCAUGGACAAUCGCGGUCACCCCAUGAUCAAGACUCUAGGUGCAGUGGCAGGUGAUGCAGAUUGCUACGACACUUUCCAGCCGUUCUUUGACAAGCUCAUUGCUUCGUGCUUUGGGCAGGCCGCCCUCGAGCGACCGCACCUCGCAAGUCCAAAGCGCUUCAUUCCUGCCGUGGGUCUGGCCGACCCGAGCUACAUUGUCUCGAGCCACCUUCGUGUUUCCAGGAACGUCCAGGGACUGCGCUUCGUGCCCUCCAUGCUCCGAUCGGAGCGAGCGGAGGUGGAGCGCAUGUUGGUGAAAGCACUCCUCGGCGGCCUGCUCGAGGGAGACUACUUCCCUCUGGCGGGAUCCAAGACCUACGCUCCAAAACCCGGUGGGAUGCAAGCGAAGGAGGAGCUGCUUCUCACACAGUGUGGCCGCCUCUUCCGCGAGCCCGACUCCCCAGCGGUGCUCAGCACUGGAAGCGGUCGCCAUUGGCCGGAUGGUCGCGGGGUCUUCACGAACAAGGACCGGACCCUGACUGCGUGGAUCAACGAGGAAGAACAUCUGAAGCUCAUGGCAGAUCGCCAAGAUGGUCAGCUCCUUGAGAUGCUGGGGGAGAUGGUAACUUUGCUAUCCACGCUGGAGCGCCUGGCGGGUGGCUUUGCGAAGAGUGACCGUCUAGGCUAUCUGAACUCCUCGCCUGGGAACGUCGGCACGGCCAUGACGGCCAGCAUGGUGGUCAAGCUACCCUUGCUGAAGCUGAUGAAGAAGGAGCUCGGAGCUUGGUGCAAGUCCAAGGAUCUGCUGGCUCGUGGCGCCCUCGACGAGCAGGGGCUGCGUGUGGAAGGCCUCGUAGAGCUCUCGCACCGGCAAAAGCUGGGUGUGCGCGAGGAGGACAUGGUCAAGGAGCUCAUCCAACGGGUUUCGGAGCUGAUUCGCGCUGAGAAGUGCAUGGAGCGUGGGAUGUCUGCAGAGGCUGCCUUCGAUGCUGUCGCCCCACGGGAUCUUACGCCAGUAGGUGCAGAAGACGAGGAGUAUCCUGGUGUGGACGUUUGGGCACAUGUGGGAGACCAGCUUGGCGAGAUGCUCCAGGGCUACGUGUCACAUGCCAGCCUCGAUGAAGUGAAGGUUCGGGUUGGCAGAGCGCUUAUGGCCUCCUCCAUAUCGGGAUGUUUCGAAAUUGCAGCGCCAUUCCUGAAGGCACCUCCCAUUGCGGCUGAAGUCAAAGGGACCCAGGACGCUACGAUUCCCUUCAAACACCUCCCAUCGGUCGGAACUAACCUUUUGCCGCUACCACUACCGCUGCGCAACUUGGAGGAAGAGGAGCGAGAAAAGCAAAAGGCAGAGGCAGCCGCGAGAAUCCAGGCCAUCCAGCGCGGUCGGGCGCAGCGGGCCGAGGCCAAGGCGAAGGCCAAAGCCAAGGCCCCGGCCAAAGCCCUGCCGACGGAAGAGGAAAUGGAACUGCGCAAGGCGCUGUUGCGAACAGCGCUGGAGGGUGCGCUGGAGGAUGGUACACUAGAGCGCGUGCUGUCAGAGGCGACUUACGGCACCGAUGCGGAUCAAAGCUCUCAGGACAAGGAGGCUGCCUUUGAGAAUCUUCGUCAGAGGCUAGCAAACGACCUGAUGCUUGCAGCGGAAGAUGGCCGACUUGAGCAGAUCCUCACACGGCCAAAAGCCAACCAGACCGAGAUGAUUCGCAAGAAGAUGGCAGAAAGCAUGCUUGCUGCUGCUGAAGACGGCCGGUUGGAGCAUGCGCUUGCUGAGGAGCAGAGGAAGCAAGAUAUGGAGCGAGUGCGGAAGGCAGCGGCCACGAGCAUUCUUGCAGCUGCAGAAGACGGGCGACUGGAGCGCACAUUGAGCAAUUCUGAGCAGAGAAAGCAAGACCUCGAGCGCGUACGGAAGGCCACUGCUGAGAGUAUUCUUGCAGCCGCAGAGAACGGACGACUGGAGCGUACCUUGACUUCCGAGCAAAGAAGGCAAGACCUCGAGAGGGUGCGGAAGGCCGCGGCCGAGAGCAUUCUUGCAGCUGCCGAGGAUGGGCGACUGGAGCGCACGUUGAGUGGUGAGCAGAGAAGGCAGGACCUGGAGCGGGUUCGGAAGGCAACGGCCGAGAGUAUCCUUGCAGCUGCAGAGGACGGGCGGCUUGGACAAGCUCUGACGGUAGAGAGGAAAAAGAAAGAUAUCGAGAUGGUGCGGCAGAAAGCAGGAGCAACUUUGUUGGCUGCUGCCGAAAGCGGCAGACUCGAAGUCGUGCUGGCGCAGAGGGGCGAGGAAGUGGAGCUGGGUCGAGUUCGCAAGAAGAUUGCUGAUGGCCUGCUUCUUGCAGCCGAUGACGGAACUCUUGAAGAAGCACUGGCCCGAACCAUGCAAAAGUCAAGCGACCAGCACAUGGAGGACAUCCGCAGCCGCAUGGCCACGAGCUUGCUGGAAGCAGUGGAGAAUGGCAGCUUGGAGCUUGCCUUAGAGGAGUCCGGACAAGUCGGCAAAGGACCUUUGCAGGACACUACAUCUACAGCCCUCACAGGCCUGCCUUCCGACAUGCAGCACACAGGCAUCGUGGCUUUGGCAAAUCAGACGGCCAAAAGUCACUUGGCCGGAGCACGGGAGGAAGUGCCUCAUGGUGCCGCUGCGGUUCAGCGGGCCUUGAUGCAGUACGAAAGAAGGAUAGGAACCCUCACGGCAGCUGUGCAGCAGGCCGAGGGAUGCGGGUGCUCCGUCUCAGCAGUGUUGCAGUCGCGUGAGACUCAAGGUGUCACCAGUCCACAAACCAACAAGGCAAUUGGCCGGACAUGUCCGCGAGGCUUGAGACUCCACACCGCCAGUUGGCACAAAACGUCUACGGCUCAAGCUGCUUUUAAGUAG